AUGUGUUUAUCUAAAUUAAAUAUUUAGUUUAAUAUUUCAUAUUUUGGCAUAUUUAUUCUACUAGAUACUUUAAUCAGAUUCCAAAUAUUAUAAAAUUAGACUAAUAAAUAAAUAUAUUUUUUAGUAGAUAGUAAGUAGAUCAUAUCAAUUAAUCAAUAUAAUAUUCAAAAGCAAAAAUUAAUUUAAUACUGCUAAUUAAAAAUAAAAUUAUAAGGAUUUAUAAACAUAAAAUGCAAGAACAAAAGACAGAAAUUUAAGAAGCUAAAUAGCAUUUUGAAGGAGAGAGAAAGGAAAAAAAGAAGUUUGAUUUCAAUUUUGACAAAUCUCCAUUUUUAGAAUACUAUAAGUUUAUUGGAUUAGUUAGCGAUUAAGAUAAGGAUCAAUUUAUAAGCGUAUAAUAAAAAUAAUAGUUUAAAAUUUAAUAUUUAACUUGAGAUUCUCUUAUCAUAUCAUCAUAUUUUCUUAUAAUAGUCUGUAGACAGUACUUUGCCAAUAACCUUUAGAUUAAAUAAAAAUAUUCCAAAUAAAGAACUUAUUGAUAAACUAAUUUCAGAACAGUAUCCUCUUUUCAAGAGAAUAUAAUGGCUUACAACUGAAUAUGCUUAUUAAUUGAAUGCUGACAAAUUAGAAAUUAGAAAGAAUCCUGAACUGAAAAAAUAUUAAACUUUCCUGUAAGACUAAGACUGCUUAGGUAAGAUUUCAAGAUAAGAGCUUGUUUCUAUGAUUCCUGCUGCUUUGAUAGAUGCACAACCUAAUGAAAAAAUUCUUGAUAUGUGUGCAGCUCCUGGGUCUAAAACAAAGUAAAUGUUGGAAAGCAUGAUGAAAGGAAAUGAAUCCUUAUUAUUUGCAAACGAUAUCAGUAAGAAAAGAGCAUUUAUGCUUGCUUUCCACGUUUUAAAGCUAAAUGCUACAUGUGCUGUGCUCACCUCAAAUGAUUGUACAAAAUACCCUAAAGUAGAAUAAUUUGAUAAAGUUUUAUGUGAUGUCCCUUGUUCAGGCGAUGGGACCAUAAGAAAAUAAAAAUUAAUAUUGAAGAGAUGGAGUAGCAAAUUAGGAAAAAAUUUACACUGCCUAUAAUUGAGUCUUUUGCUCAGAGCUCUUUAUCUUGUGAAGAAAGGUGGGAGUGUAGUUUAUUCAACAUGUUCUUUGAAUCCCAUGGAAAAUGAAUCAGUCGUUUCUGCAGCUCUUCGUAUUUUAAAACCAUAUGUUAAGAUAAUUGAUGUUAAAGAUAAAUUCCCUGGGUUUAAAUUUUCUCCAACACUUUCUAAAUGGCCAGUUGUUUAGAAAAAAAUUACUAAUGCUUAUUGGAGUUAUGAAAGUAUUGAUGAUGUGUAUGGAUUAAAAGGUAAGAAAAUAUUUGAUACAAUGUUCCCUUAAGAGGAUGUAUAAGGAUGCUUAAGAAUAACUCCUCACAUGAAUGAUACAGGUGGUUUCUUUGUAGCCUAUCUAUAAAAAACAGAGGAUUUUGAUGAGAGCCUUAUUUUGAAUGAAAUAGAUAGGCUGUAGUAGUAUUAUAACACAGAAGAAGGUACACAAGCAUUAAAAGAGCUCUAAGAUGCAGAAUCUGAGAAUAAAGAAGAAGAAACAAAGUAAGAUAAAAAUGAAAAAGAAAACAAAAAAGAAGAUAUUUAUGAAUUUAAAUUGGAAAAGCUUAUUCCUCUAAAAAGCUAAAAUGAGAUUUUUGAGUAGUUAGUCGAUUUUUAUGGAUUUUAAAAAGAUGAUGAAAUAUUUAAUUAAUUGUAUUUUGUUCCAAUUGAUAGCUAAGGUCUUAGUAAAAAUAUACUCUUAAUUUCUUCAGCUAUUAGAAAAUUAAUUUCUGAAAAACCUGAUCUUUUACCUCAACUCUCUAUAGUUAAUUGCGGUUUAAAGGUUUUCACCAAAGUCAAGGACGUUACCCAUCCAAUAAAAUAUAGAAUAAUUCAAGAAGGUUUGAACAUCUUCUUUGAUAAGAUAACUCACUAAAAAAUAGAGCUAGAAACAUAUGAAGAAUAUCAAUGGAUGAUAAACAAUCUUCCUAAAAGAUUUGAUGAACUUGAUUAAAAACUAAAAGAAAAAAUAGAUUAACUUAAAGUUGGAAUUAUUGUAGUUACAUACAAAGGUAUAAAAGAUAGUGCCUUCACUGUUUGGAAAGGAAUAAAUAUCCUCUCUAUCUUAUUAGAUAAAGAAGAGAAAAAAUUAGCUAACUUUAGUGUAGAUAACAAAUUAUUUUGA